AUGGAUUCAUUGUCACUCAACAGAGCAGCUCUCGAUGAGUUUGUCACCACCAGAGUCACUCGGGAAAUGGUGGCUCACCUGGCACAACAGGCAGCACAAGUCAUCCGCUGUGAGGCUCAUGUGACCAACACAGUCAACCAGAAUGGCCAACCUACACCUCCAUCUACUCCUCCGAUGGAGCCCUCUAACCUACCUGCCCUUCCCUCAAUCGAGGACUUCAUCGCCUCACUUGUCGCUCGGUCGCAGGUGCAGGUACCCACUCUCAUGAGCUGUCUCGUGUACCUCGGUCGUCUGCGCUCGCGUCUGCCACCUGUCGCAAAGGGCAUGCGCUGCACUGUUCACCGCAUUUUCCUCGCCUCUCUCAUCCUUGCCGCCAAGAACUUGAAUGACUCCAGCCCCAAAAACAAACAUUGGGCUCGCUACACCGCAGUGAAGGGAUUCGAAGGGUUCGGGUUCUCUCUCCCCGAGGUCAACCUCAUGGAACGCCAGCUCCUCUUCCUUCUCGACUGGGACCUGCGCAUCACUGAGCAAGACCUCUUUACCUAUCUCGAGCCAUUUCUCGUUCCCCACCGCCAGCGCCUGAUCGCACAAGAGCAAGAGCGUCUCGCCGAAGAAGAGCACCGCCACAAACAACAACAACACCGUGAAUGGCGCCGUCUCCACGCAUCAGCAGAUCUGCUGGCCAGUCGCCUCCGCCGCCAAAAGCUUGAAGCCCGCGGCGAGGCCCGUCGCUCAAACGACAAUUCUAUCCGCCGUCUGCCAAGUCAUGUCUCAUGCCCAAGCAUGCACAACACCCACUAUACCGCACAGAGUGUCUCUGAACAUGAUCGCUACAACCCCUACCAGCGCCAGCGUGCAUCUCCCAACCGAGCCAACCGCUCUAUCUCUCCACCAUCCGUCCGCGAUGUACCAGCGCUCUCACACGCAGAGACAUUCAACUCUCUCUGCUCGCGCUCAUCCAGCGCCGCGCCCAGCUCAAGAGGCACACCAGCUUCCAUCAGCACGGUCUCAUCCCAGGGCAUCGAUGAUCUCAUGCUCACGGACCCAAACAGCAGCCCGUCCGCAGCCUCUCCGAACUACAGCUACGUUCACGUCCCCCACCUCGAAUCAAAGAAGUCCUUCGAGCCUAUCCGCCAGCCAUCCAAGAAGCUCAAGACCAGCAGCAACGCGCACAGUGGCGGCUUCGUCGCUCGCUUCCUGGCAUCGGCGACGAGCUCUUACAUGGGUGGUCGUCGAUCUCACUAA